CUCUACUAUAUACCGGAACCGGGAAUUGACUCUGGUGUAUAUGGGGGGAAUUCUUUUUAUUUUCAUAACCCUCUUGACUAAUCCUUUUGGAGAUUAAAGGGAUAAUUUGAUUAUUAUACUUGGACAGACUUCAUUACAGGGACAGGGAUACUUGUUACGAAUUAGUAGCUGAAAUGGUGGUCAGAUAUAUUCUACGAUCAGUAGUGAAUCGAAUUCCGGGGUCUAGUUAUCUUCCAAAUGUAGUAACUUCGGUACUACUGGAAGAGGAAGGUAAUAGAAUUCUAGAAGAGGAAGAUGAAGAUCUUUAUAAUGACGAUUAUUCUGAUAAUUCAUCUGUCCUACCUGUAUCCCCAAAGGAAAGAAUACAUUCUAGAAUCAUGAAUAAUCGGAUCAAUGAAUUGGGUGUAGUUGAUGAAGUUGAUGAAAUUGAAUAUGAAUUAAGUCAAUUACGACAACAGGAAGAACAAGGUCAAGAAGUUAAAGAUGAUAUUUCUGGUGAUGAUAUAGGUACAAACUAUCUCAAUUAUGUUGAUACUUGUGAUACUAUUCCCGCACAUAACCACUUUGGUAUAAAUAAAUUGAAUCAUAAUCCAUUAGUUGUGAACAAUAAUAAAUCCAGAAAGAUUAGUAAUAAUAGGUACUUACAACCUAAGCAGACUAAACUUUUACAACCCCUCACUGCAAUUGGUGCUGAAGCAAGUUCUACACUUGUAGACUCUGGAGCUUCUUCAACAGUUUCGGACAAUAAAAGUAAUGCUAAUAAUAAUAAUAGCACUAACCAACAAUCCAUUGAAGAACGGAAUUUAAGAGUUAAGCGAUACUUGAAUGAACAAAAUUCCAAAUUUGAUGAGUUAAUAAUCAAUAAUCUUGAUAUUGUAUUUAAGGAGUAUGGUAAUGAUAUUAAUCAUUCAGAUGAAUUAGAAAGUAUGCUGAGUCCAAUCCAAAUUGAUGAUGUCGAUGUACAGCUGCGUCAACAGGAGCAUCAGUAUAGCUUGAUACAUUAUAUUUUUCUUAAUGCUACAAACAAAUUCUUAUCCAAUGUACCAUUCGGUUCUUUAUUGAUGAAAAAGAAACCUCCUAUUAAGAAAGACAUUCUUAAAACUAAUAACAUUUCACCUUCAAAAUACAAGACUAAUAACAAUCCAUCGCCUUCCAUUGAAGACAGUCUGUAUACUUAUGCUUCGGGAUCUUUACGUCAGCCUGAACCAAGUACCCCAAUCCAAAGACCGGCUACUAAUUUUGAAGUUGGGGAAGAGAGUCACACCGAAAGAAAUGAACAAAGUGAACGUAUUACUAAAUCAAAUUCGCAACUCGUAGAUGGGAAUCGUCCGGAUAUGGAACUAUUCCUUGAUACAUUGGACCCUUCAACUCGUUUGAGUCUUUAUAAGUUCUUAAGAGAGGAAUUCUCUGACAAUACCAAUGCCAUUGAUAUAUCAUAUAAUGAGAAUGACUUAUUUUUAGAUAAAUUGCAGACAUUUUUAUUGAUUUCGGUCAAGUUAUUUAUUACUAGUUUAAAACUAGCUGUUCCUGUUAGUCAAUAUAUUUAUUAUAAGUUCAAGAAUGAUCAAAUUUUUCUACUUAAUCAUCACAAUUUGAUUAAGUUAUUCAAUCGUGUGUUAAAACUAAUGAACUACGUUGAUUACAAGUUGAACUCUAAUGAAGAAUUAAUUGAGAAAAUUUAUAAUCAGGAAUACAUGGAUAAGAAUUUAAAGAUUCGAACUAGAAUUGAAAAUGAUGAAGAGAAAUUUGAUGAAUUAUAUCAAGAAUUAUCGAUAAAUUUUUCAAAAUUCAUGAGUGAUCAAAUUGUUGAUAAUAUCAUUAAUAAUGAAAGUUUACAGGUGUUCACAGAUGAUAAGAAUCUUGAUUCAGUGUUCCGAAAGUCACUUAUGGAAUAUCUAAUGGCUAAAUAUGUUAAUGAACCGGUUAAGCGUGCUCAACUGCGUCAACAACAACGUCGAAUAUACCAAAAAGAUCCGAAUUUUGCCAAAUACUUCUCACCUCAUAAGGAUGUUUCCCUCGACUUUAAUGACGGUCGUAAUGAUUGGACUAAUCCACAAGGUAGUUCAUCCAGAGUUUCUCCGCAAAAUGAAUCAUCGCCAUCACCUGAAUCCUUAAAUACUAGUUUCAAAACACCUUUGUCAAAUAGCUCAUCUACAACUUCAAGUUCUGAUAAUUUACAGGAUAUGAGUGUCUUUGGUAUCGCUCAGAAAUUUGCUGAUAGAUUAGCUUAAUUUCAUAUAUAAUUUCAAUUCUAAUUAACGUACAAUUUUGGGAACUUUGGGCUGGACUCUUUUUCCAUAUAAUUUAUUUAAUUUUUUAGUAUUUAUUUCAGUUGUUCAUAUUUUGAGUAUGUAAAUUCUAAUGUAUUUCGCAAGAAAGCUGCAAAAUUCUAU